AUGCCCAGCCAGCGACCUGGCCCCUCCUGGAUCAUCGGCACCCAGGAUCCCUGGAAAACGGGCACAGGGCAUCUGUGCGGAGGGUCCCUCAUCAGCCCACAGUGGGUCCUCGCGGCAGCCCACCUCUUCACUGAGGCCAGGCACAUCACCAUGUGGCGCGUGGUGAUCGGGGCCACCCGGUUGCCUCAGCUGGGCCCUGAGGCCCAAGUGCGCAAUAUCAAGCGGCUACUGGUUCACGAGCACUACAGUAACAUCACGCAGAGGAACGACAUCGCCCUGCUGGAACUGGACCAGCCUGUGCAGUGCAGCUACUCCAUCCAGCUUGCUUGUGUGCCCAACGCCUCGCUGAGAGUGUCGGAGCUGACAGCCUGCUACGCCAGCGGCUGGGGUUCACGACUGCAAGAUGCGAGAUCAACUGAUGUCCUGCAGGAGGCCAAGGUCCGCCUCAUUGAUGUCAACCUCUGUAACAGCAGCGGGUGGUACAGAGGGGCCAUCCACACCCACAACCUGUGUGCUGGCUAUGCGCAGGGUGGCAUCGACACCUGCCAGGGUGACAGCGGUGGUCCUCUCGUCUGCAAAGAUAACGAUGCAGACUACUUCUGUCUCGUUGGAGUCACCAGCUGGGGGAAAGGCUGUGCCAGAGCAAGACGGCCUGGAGUCUACGCCUCCGCGCAGCACUUUUACGACUGGAUCCUGGCACAGAUGGGACUGCGCCCAGCAGUAACGGCUACUCCAACGCCACAGCCAGGCUUCACCUCAAGCCCCUUUCAGAGGCCAAGACCGAUACCAACUCAAUCGGGCACAUUUACACCCUGCCCAUUUCCACUCCAGAGGCUGGUGCAAUUCUUUAAACUGCUGCAGGAGCUCCUGCAGUUCCUA